AUGCAAGUCGAGGAGUGUAGGGGAUCGGAAGAGCAGAUGCGACACUUUCAUGCUCUCCUUCAAGACGAGGUGGAAUUGAAGAAGCAAGAGUGCACGGAUCCCGUCACAAUGAUUAGAAGCAUUCAAGUUGUCCUUGAGCUUUGUCAUUCAGUUGGCAUCAUGGAUGAUAUGGAUUCAGAAGUCAUUGCCUUGUCCAUGAACUACUUGCAACGAUGCUCGCAGAACGAGAAACUGGUCCAAUCUUUCCGCAAAUCAGUAUUACUGCCUGUAGCCUGCAUGCUGACGGCCUUGAAACUUUGCGAAACCUACGCUGUACGGAUCUGCGACUUAGUACCUUUGUUGCAACCGUUUCAAGUGGACGAGGAUGAGAUUCGUGAUGCAGAAUGGGCCGUACUGGAAGCGCUUGAUUUCAACCUUCAACCCGUCACAACUUCGAGGCUGCUCUCCUGUGUUCUGGACUUGGCGCCAGAAACAAAAAGAAAUGCUCUGAGGGAUGUCGCUGACAUCUACCUCAAGCUCAGCCAUUUGAUCGCCGAGAAUCAUGUUAAACCAUCCGUCAUCGUGUCUGCCAUCUUAUGGAAUCUUGCAAGGGAGAAGGGAUGGGACUCAUGCCAGUGCGAGUGGAUUCCUAAAGAACUUCGUUGUUGGAGAGCAAGCUCGUCCGAUGACUGUUGCAAGGAUGAACAGCAUGUCGCACAAGUGAAACUUGUCGCUAGACAGCUUCACAUGUUCGCAAGGUGCGUGGGGGUUGAUCUUGAUGCAAGAAGGGAGUACAUGGGUGGGAAGUGGUGGUUUUCGAUCAAGAGCCACAGAGCUCAACAGAUGUAG